AUCAAACUUUCUCCUCCUCUCCACCAUCCUCUUCAUUCUCUCAUCUGUUGAAGAACAAAAUGGCCCUUUACAAAUCUUCUCCAAGCACAUCAACCAUGUUUCUAGCUAUCUCCAGUCUCCUCUUCCUCUUCUUCACCUUCACAUCCGCCACAGACAUGUCCAUCAUAACCUACGACAACAAGCAUGAGCAGUCAAACUGGAGAAGCGACGAUGAGGUGAUGAGCAUCUAUCAGUCAUGGCUCGCCAAGCAUGGAAAAGCUUACAACGGGAUAGGAGAGAACGAGAGGAGGCUUCAAAUAUUCAAAGAUAACUUGAGAUUCAUUGAUGAACACAACUCACAAAAACGCACGUACAAGGUGGGUUUGAACAGGUUUGCCGAUUUAACAAACGAAGAAUACCGUGCCAUUUAUUUGGGUACCAAGAGUGAUGCUAAGCGUAGAGUCAUGAAGGCUAAAGUUGCCAGUCAAAGGUACGCUUUUAAGGCAGGUGAAACUUUGCCGGAAUCUGUAGAUUGGAGAGAACAGGGUGCAGUUAGCCCCAUCAAAGAUCAAGGAAGUUGUGGAAGUUGCUGGGCAUUCUCAACAGUAGCAGCAGUAGAAGGAAUAAACAAGAUAGUGACUGGGGAGCUAAUCUCCCUGUCAGAACAAGAACUUGUAGACUGUGACAAAGCAUACAACGCAGGAUGCAAUGGAGGUCUCAUGGACUACGCCUUCCAGUUCAUCAUCGACAAUGGUGGCAUGGACACUGAACAAGACUAUCCUUACCUUGGCUAUGACACCAAAUGCGACUCUGUCCGGGAGAAUGCCAAGGUUGUUAGCAUUGAUGGGUACGAGGAUGUACUUCCUUUCGAUGAGAAGUCCUUGAAAAAGGCUGUGGCACAUCAACCUGUUAGUGUUGCCAUUGAAGCUAGUGGCAUGGCUUUCCAACUCUACGACUCUGGUGUGUUCACUGGAGAGUGUGGAUCAGCACUAGACCACGGUGUCGUGGUAGUUGGAUAUGGCACAGAGAAUGGAGAGGAUUACUGGCUUGUGAGGAAUUCAUGGGGCACUGACUGGGGUGAGAGUGGAUACAUAAAAUUGCAGCGUAAUAUAGUGGAAACAUAUACCGGCAAAUGUGGUAUUGCAAUGGAGGCUUCUUAUCCUGUCAAGAAUAGCUCAAAUCCAGCUAAGCCUUACUGGGCUAAUGAAGCCGCUGAGGGAAAGAUCAGCAGUGCUUGAAAGUCUUUAUGGCUGAUCGAUAUGAACCAGGAAAAAAGACAAAAGUGAUAAAAGUUGCAAAUAAAAGUAUGCUUAAUUAAGUUAAUAGUUUCCUCUUGGUUGAUUCUAAUUCAUGCCCUUUAAUCCUUCUUGGUCUAAGUUGAGCUGAUGAGUAGAGCAGGCCAUUGAUGUUUAUCUGGUGAUAUUUGUUGUACAUAGCUUCUCAAUUGUCAACCGCGCCCAAAAAGACUCAUAUUGUUGUGAUAAUCUAUCUAUUCAAUUGUCAUUUCCUUUCAAAUUUGUUUAUCU